AAAGACCCUUAAAACACUACUCUUCCAAAAACGAAAGAAACAAUGUAACGGUUCUUAGAAAUCCAUCACCUUGAUAACAGCGAAAUGAUUAUUUGGUCUCGUGAUAUUGACUAUCCCAGUUAUCACCACACGUUACGGGACGUUGUCAGAUUUUAACAUGGCGUCUCCAGCAGUAGUUUGUGGCGGUUUAAUCGCUGUAGUUUUGUUAAUUUUGCAGACGAUUGGGGUGGCAACCCCUUCCUGGUAUGUCGCAGAAGGAGCUGUUGGGACAAGCAAGACUACCAUCGGCCUGUUCAAGAUAUGUGUAGAAGUUCUCGGCGCCAGCCAAUGUUACACGUACAAUGACUUUGUCAACAAACUGGAUCUUAGUGGUAAUGCUAACUAUGCGAUUGCGGGUAGUGUCAUUGGCUGUAUCCUCCUCUUCUCAUCUAUCAUCGUCGCUAUCGUCGGAUGUGCCACCAAAAGACCCGGGCGUAGGACUGUCCAAAUUAUGUUCGGUAUCUGGUUUUUUUCUUCCGGAUGUACUAUUGCUGCUGUCGUCUGGUUUUUCCUCUUUCAAUACGAAGACUCGAAGACACUACUGUCCUUGCCCUCUCUUGUAGAGGUCAGCCUUGGCUAUUCCUUCUACCUUGUGUCUAUAGCUGGUGGAGGUACACUUAUUGCCGCAAUUACUUUGUGCGUUGUUGCAUGUUGCAUGCAUGUUCCACAGACCGUCGCCCCCGUCACAACCGCAGUGGGACCACAGGUGUUUGUGAUGCACUCAAGUGUUCAACAACAGGGUCCGGCAGGCUAUUUACAGCCUGGCUACAGUCAACCAGGAUAUACACAGCCUGGCUACAGUCAACCAGGAUAUCCACAGUCUGACUAUAGUCAAACAGGAUAUACACAGCCGGGUUAUUCAACAAAUGUACCCGGGUAUGCGGGACAGCCAAUGGCCAACCCACCGCAUCCUAUGCAAUGAACGUUUCUUUCUUCCCGAACUUCCAACAGUGCCUUUAAUAAAUGUUCGAAUAUAUGAAACAUUCGAGUGUUGUAAAAGAUCUUUUCAGCUUUAUGCGUUCGAACUCAUGUUUUUUCGCGUUAUCGAUAUUAACUGCACUCCUCAAAUCAAGAUGUAUCAAAAUCGUUCAAGCAUGCGUAUUAUGAAAAAAUAAAAUAAAAUAAAAUAAAAGUCCCCUAGAUCAGAAUAUUUCAA